CCCUCCCUCUGCAUUGCACAGGUGGAGCAGAACCAUGCUUGGGAUGGCUGGGCGUCGGCUGAGGUCGCCUCGCCAGGCAGGAGCCGGCCAGCCAGCAGGCUCCCUUGUGAAGGUGUUUCUCUACUGCAUAUCGCUUGUACCCGGGCGUCUCUCCCAUCCCACCCUGGAGUAACCCCGUGAGUCGGUGGUUAGGGUCUGUUCGGCUGGACACACUUGUCAUGCUCGCUCGCAGCACCACCUUGCAGCCUGAGCUCUGCUUCCAUGUCCCUCCUCCCCCGGCGUGAAAGGCAGGUCCUGGCCCCAGGUGGAGGUUUUAUCAGUGUUUGUCAACUCGCUGCUCUACAUCCUGCUCUGCAGUGCAGCUGGCCUCCCCUCCCCCCGUUUGCCUUGCAGACAUGGCCUUCCCGCGGAACCAGAAGCUGAACCUCCUGCGCCUCACCGUGCUCUUGAUCGUGGCUUUAGCAGGCAUCAAAUUUAUCUUCCGAGACAGCGUUACCCUGGAGCUGCACAAGCACAUCAGCAAGGACAAUGACUUCUGGGGAAAGGCUGGAGAGGAAAAGGAGGAGGCCCACCCCCACAGCCAGGCCCUGGAGCUCUCGGCGGUGAAGAUAACAGGUCCAAAGGAAGACACCAAAAAGCAGCUCUCCAAGGACUUCAGCACCACGGAGAUGAGGCUUGUCCACCUGGACCUGAAAGGAGCCGCGCCCAAGGUCUCCUACUUGGAGCAGGUGUUUCCGCUUCUCUCCAAACUUGGUGCAAAUGGAAUCCUGGUCGAGUACGAAGACAUGUUUCCCUUUAAGGGUGAGCUUGAAACCCUCAAGUCUCCAUACGCUUAUAGCGAAGACGACGUCGAGAAGAUCCAGCAGCUAGCGGCGCUCAAUCAGCUGGAGGUGGUUCCCCUGGUGCAGACCUUUGGGCACGUGGAGUUUAUCCUGAAGCACGACAAGUACCGAUACCUGCGGGAGGUCGAGCGUUUCCCCAACAGCCUCAACCCCCACGUCCCAGACACCCUGUCCCUGCUGAAGAGCAUCCUGUCGCAGGUGAUGGACAAACACAGACACUCCAGCUGGAUCCACAUCGGAGCCGACGAGGUCUUUCAUCUAGGGGAAGGGAUGGAUUCCAAGAACUGGAUCAGCCGCAGCGAUGGAGACGUGGGGAAGAUGUACCUGAAUCACAUCAAGGAGGUUGUGAACUUCAUCGUGAACCAGUACAAGGGACUCCAAGUCCUCAUGUGGGACGACAUGCUGAGGAAGAUCAGCGUGGGAGCCAUCCAAGAAUCUGGCAUCGCGAAGCAUGCCUCCCCGGUGCUGUGGUUCUACGCCCCAGACUUUGACACGGAGCAGAUAGGAAAGUUUAUUUCAAAGUACGCAGACAGUGGCUUCAAAUCGGUGUGGUUCGCGAGUGCCUUUAAAGGCACCACCGGCCCCGCGCAGGCCUGGACCCCUUUAAAUUACCACCUGAAAAACCACCUGAGCUGGCUGAAGGUGAUCCAGGCCAUGUCCAAGUUCCCGUUCAUCAAGUUCCAGGGAAUUGCCCUCACUGGGUGGCAGAGGUAUGACCACUACUCCGUGCUGUGUGAGCUGCUGCCGGUGGGGAUCCCGUCCCUGGCCAUGUGUCUGCAGACGCUGGUGAACGGUGGAUUUACUGAAGCAACUAAAAAGAGAAUCCUGGACAUGUUGGGCUUCCAGAGCAUCAAUCUAGAGAAGAGCAUGUGUGAAGGGAAUGGUGCAUUUCCAGGCUCUGAAAUCUAUCGCAUGGUCGAGCAAAUCAAUGGCCAGUUAAAAGAGAGCAUUGCGAAAGUCCUGGAGGAAGAAAGCGCCAUCAAGGGCUGGUUCAGCCCGUACCACAGGAAGCACCAGUUCGGUAACCCGCGCAACCUGGAGAACUUCGGCACCAAGGUGUUGAAGGUCCACGAGGACUGGGAGAACUUCAUCCAGAACUUCCGCUCCCAGCUGGAGAGCAUCUACUUCCCCGACACGGUGGAGGAGUGGAUGGAGGAGAACGUCAAUCCCUACAUGGACCGGCUGCGGGAGUUCGUCCGGGACUACAGGGAGAUCAUCCGCCUGAAUGCCAAGCCCAGGGCCCUGUAG